GAGAGGAGUUGUAAGAAACUUUGUAUCCCGGCUGGUGAGACGGAGGAGGAGCCGGCGGGAGUUGAUCCAGAAGAGACCCGGAGCCUGAAACAUGGGCCUCCUGUUGAGGCUCCGCAAGGAAUGGUUCAUCAUCGGGAUCGUGCUGGUCAUCUUAUCCGCCAAGCUGCAGCCAAGCGUCGGCGUCAAAGGAGGUCCGCUGAAGCCGGAGAUCACGAUCGCCUACGUUGCUGUUUCACUCAUCUUCUUCAACAGCGGCCUCUCGCUCAAAACAGAGGAGUUAACGAGCGCUCUGCUUCACGUCCGUCUUCAUCUCUUCGUUCAGUCGUUCACGUUGAUUUUCUUCCCGCUCGCCGUCUGGCUGCUGCUCAGAGUUCUGGCGCUGACCGCCAUCGACCAAUGGCUGCUCAGAGGGUUACAGACGGUGGGAUGCAUGCCGCCUCCAGUCUCCUCCGCUGUCAUUCUCACCAAGGCUGUCGGAGGCAACGAGGCUGCUGCCAUUUUCAACUCAGCGUUCGGAAGCUUCCUGGGGAUCGUCGUGACCCCGCUGCUGCUGCUGCUGUUCCUCGGCUCUUCCUCCUCCGUUCCCUUCUCCUCCAUCUUCUCGCAGCUCUUCAUGACGGUGGUCGUUCCUCUGAUCCUGGGUCAGGUGUGUCGUGGUUUCCUCAGAGAGUACCUGGAGAGAAGGAAACCUCCGUUCGGCGUCGUCAGCAGCGUCGUUCUGCUCAUGAUCAUCUACACGACGUUCUGUGACACGUUCAGUAACCCCAACAUAGAGCUGGACCCCACGAGCCUGCUGCUGGUCGUCCUCAUCAUUUUUUCCAUCCAGAUCAGCUUCAUGUUGCUCACGUUUGCCUUUUCUACCAGGUCGGGUUCAGGAUUCAGCCCUGCGGACACGGUCGCCAUCAUGUUCUGCUCCACACACAAGUCACUCACUCUGGGAAUCCCGAUGUUGAAGAUCGUGUUCGAAGGCUACGAGCAUCUCUCUCUGAUCUCGGUCCCUCUGCUGAUCUACCACCCGGCUCAGAUCCUGCUCGGCUCCGUCCUCGUGCCGACGAUCCGCAGCUGGAUGACGAGUCGGCAGAAGUCUAGUCUGUUGUUGAGGUAGGGUCAGUCCGUCUCUGCUGCCGCCCAGCGGUGAAGCUGUCGGCGCUGCAGCCCGUCUGACGAAAACGAAAUCACUGUUUUCGUUUGAGUGUGUGAUUUAAAAAAAAAAAAAAAAAAAAAAAAAGGACUCAGGCGGAGGAAUCCGACUCACGUGCCUUAUUACAACCAACCGAGACCUCAGCGUGGCGGAUGAUCACCAGUCGCCUCGAUAUUCUCCGUUUCUAUGACAACAACAAAAAAACUCUCCUAUUUCCAUCAUAUAUAUAAAUAUAUAUAAAUAUAUUCUUUUAUAUUUAAAAGAAGAAAAAAAACAUGUUAUAUUUUUAUAUGGA